AUGGUAAAAGGUCUUGCAGAAAAAACAUCAGCGGUUUCCUUUCAGGGGUUUAGUUUUGGGAAGUCGCCCGGAUCAAAAAGUCAAAAUCAUAGACCAUCCUCACUAGCUGCUACCACCAAAUCACACUCUUUUUCUUCCCGAUUUCACCCUCUCUCUCUCUCUCUCUCUCUCUCUCUCUCUGCUCUACUCAGCUGCUUUCUCUUCAAGUCUCAGAAUUCCAACGGCUUUGAUGGUACCAAUUCUACGGUCGACUUGAGCUGCAAAAUAAGCAACGCCUCCACCCAAUCUCUGUUUCUCGCGAUUCUUUCUAAUCAAUUGGCGAGAGUUAGCGGCUGCGCCUGGCGCCCACUUUCUAUUUCUGGAUUAUAUUCAGAGCAUUCACCAAGUUCAAGUGCAUGGCCUUAUCUCUAA